AUGAUGGGCGGUGCACGCAUGAUGGAUUGGGAGGAGCAGCUGUGGACACACACCUCCAUGGUCAUGGUGGGCACAUCCAACCACAGCGACGCAGCUAUGCGCAGCUCCACUGUCACCGCCAUCACCGCCAUCAUCAUCGCCAUCGACCGCACAGCCGCCAUCACACUCCGGCCGACACCAGCCCCAAUCUGGCGUGAGGCAGACAUUGCACAUGUCAGUCGUUCUCAUGAAGAGGUGAGCAAUGUCGUUGAAGAGGCGUAUGAAGCGGUGGAACCAACGACGAUGACGAUGACGAGUGAUGAAGGGUCAUGCAUCCCGCUUCCAUCCAACCAACCGACCAAGCAGCCAAGCGAGCGAGCAAAGGACACGGCGUGGCAAGGGGCCCAACACCAGCAACAGCUGAUGUGUGGCUGCAUUGUGGAUGAACGGGCCAUCUGUCUAUCGUCGAUCUCCACCUCCCUCGUCGUCGUCACUGGUCCCCAACAGCAGCGGCUGCGGCCAUGGAUCAUGUAUGGUGUGAUGUGCGUCGAUGUGCUGUUGCCUCGCAUGACGACGAUGAUGACGGUGGUGAGUGCACGGUGGCCGUUCUCUUCCCAAGCCCUCAUGACACGAGCAGGGCGAUACACGCACACACAAAUGUGCGAGAAAAGAAGGCACCAGCCUUCCCCAUGUGAUGUGGCGCUGUUGAGGCGUGCUCGAGACAGCGGCCAACACAG